CAAAUUCAUGAAAUUUUCAGGUGAAAAAUUAAUCCCACACAAACCAGGCACAAUCACAAUAAUUCCGGAAAAGCCACGUGAUAUAUGGUUGUUAUUCAAUCUGAUCGUCAAUGGCGAUAUCAUUUUCUCUUCCACAACUCGCAAGAUCCAAAAUUCACCAGAUUCAUCAAGGAUGAAGAAUAAUUCUAGAAUUAAACUCGAGCUCGAAAUUCGAAUUUUAUCUAUGGAAUACGAAAAAGAUUGUUCGAUUUUACGUGUUCGUGGCAAGACGAUUAAGUCUAACGAACACGUAAAAUCCGGAGUUUUCCAGACAUUGGAAUUGGAAACUAAGAAGAAGUUCAAUUUGACGAAGAAGAUUUGGGACGAAGAAACAAUUAGGGUUUUAAAAGAUGAGCCGGGUCAGAAAAAGGAAUCUGAGCAUGAUUUCGGUUCGAGAAAGCGAGUGGAGCUGAACAUGAAUUUAUUAGAAAAGUUCAUGAAUAUGGUUGCAACAAAUAGUGAUAGGGCAUGUUAUGGUACUCAAAGUGUUGAAUAUGCACAUGAGUUGAUGGCAAUUGAUACACUUUUAAUUACCGAAAAAGUAUUCGAAAAUAAUGAUUUUAAAGUUAGGAAAAAGUAUUGUGAGUUGAAGAAAUCAGUUAUUGAAGCUGGUGGGAAAGUGUUACAAUUUAAUGACGUUGAAGGAGAUAAACUAGCUCCGAUGACUGGUGUUGCUGCAAUAUUGAGGUUUCCUAUACCCAAUCUCGAUGAUUUAGUUUUGUAGUACUGUUUGUUUAUUUUUAGAUCAAUUUUGUUCGUAAUGUUUGUUUAGUUCUUUUUUAUUUAGAUCAAUUUUAUAGAGAAUUAAUUAAAAGGUUUAUACUUGGUUUUC